AUGGAGCGGCGACUUCAAGGAGUCAUUUCUGAAAAGCCGACUGUGUGCGAGGUUCUCUGGCUUCUAUCGUCCUCUGUCUCAAACACUAAAGCUCCUGCGGAUUUAUUUCACAGCGUCACCAGCGACAUGCAGAGUGGCACAAUGAGUGAAGUCUCCAAUUACCUCCAACCCGAUCAUUUUGACUCGGAUAAAAAAAAUAUGAACGACUUUUUGGACCAAAACCCGCUCCUUCUACUGGCACGAACUUGCCAAAACAUUGGCGUCGAGACUGCCGUCGACUCCUCAAAGGCGACCUCAAAUGGACCUGCUUCGAUUAAGGCCUCGAAUCCCUUCUCGGUAUCAAGCUCGUUCACUAAAGUGCCUUCCGGAAGACCGAUGUCAAAGUCGUCAACACCGAUCAUUUCUUCUGCGCAGAACUUUUCUCCAGUAGGUAGAACAACUCCCAACAGUCCAAAGGGGACGCAGCAACCAUCGGCAACAUCGACGCACAGCGCCGAGGAAUCCGAACUAUACAUUCCGCCCUCUUCAAAUUCCCUCAUUCAGCUUGCUCGCCUAUCUUCUAGUCUAAAGAUUCCCAGCCCUGCUUCCACUGAUCGACAUAAGCGGACAAAAGCAGUGGAUUCCCUCAGGUACUCUGUGGGAGCUAAUGGGGCUCUUGGAGCCUCUCCGAAUCCUGGUUCAACCUCGAGGCCACAGAAACGCGCCCGGAGGCAGUCCUUUGGACGAAACACAUCAUCUGUCUCAAGCGCACCGAAGCCAAUUGAUUUCUCCUCGCAUUUCUCAUCUCACUCCUCGCCCCUUUCGACUUCCUCCUCAGUAUCUCCCUCCUCUCUUCGUUCGACUCCUCCGUCGCAUACCACUCCGCCUCCACAGCCCCCAAAUUCAUCCUCCUAUGACAUCAUGAAAAAUCUCAUGAAAAUCUCCGUGCCCCCCGAGUCAUCUCCGAGUGCUCUUGAGGCUUUCUACAACGUUGGAAGUUUACUUGGAGCAUCACCAGAACGGUUGCGGGAACUUCUCGUUACAAUUGCGCAAUCACUGACAGACCGGAGUGCGACAGAUUCUAAUCUUCUGUUAGAACAGCAGCAAUCGAAACUCCAGGCCCCUGUUUCCGACCUCAGUACGCAAUGCCUUUACUGUGGACAUGUUUGCCUUGACAUGGGCAGUCUUGUGCAGCAUAUCUAUACUCACUUGGCAUCGUUGCAUAAGCAGAAGACAGAGACCUCUCCUGUCCCACCUCCACCUCCCCCUCCGCCCGCUCCUGUUGUUCCACAGCCCAAUCCAUCCCUACUUGACCUCGCUUCGUGUUACGCGAGGUUCCUGCAGAAGGCACCUGAAAGUGUACCUCAAGCUACCUCUGUCCCAACUGUCCUCCCCACACCUGACCCAAAUUCGCUUUUCCUCGCCUGGUUAAAUGUUUUCCGUCCGACCUACAGUGAGGCACUAACCGGUGCGAAUCGAUGA